AUGCGAAAAAUUGGUUUGAACGGUGUUAAGGACUUACGCCAUUCGAGCUCUCCGGAAGAACUAAGGUACGAACUCCCUGGGGGAGACGUCGCGGAGCAGGGCAGCCGAAUGGUUAAGAAGCGAGCUCACAUGUACCUCACGGAGGGAAGACUUGAUGAGAACCAGCCUAGUUGA